AAUGAGUGUGUGUGAGUAUGAAUUUCGACCCUGAUCAGAUCGAAAGGGAACCAGUGAACACACCACUGCUUGUUCAUUUCAGGCCCGGUUUGUUGAUCCCUGCUCGGAAUGGCAGUCUGGUGAUGUAGACUUGGCUGUGGAGGUCAUCGAUGCCGCUGUCGUCCGCCGUGCCUUCGUGAGCUCUAACCAGGCCGAGAACCACCACCAUGGCCUCAGAUAUACCCGGCUGCACAUCUGUCAGACUCCCCGCUGUGGCCACUUUCGCCCUGCUCCUGAUGUCGGCGACCACUGUACGGUCCUCUCAAGGCGACAAGGAGCCAGUCUACCGGGACUGCGUGAAGCACUGUGUCCGGACAAACUGCACCGGGGCUCGGCUACGUGGCUUCCAGUCCGCCCAGCCUCAAUACAUGGCGCUGACAGUUCCAGGUUGGACAUGUCGGGAUGACUGUCGCUACGAAUGCAUGUGGACCACCGUGGGCCUUUACCAGGCCGAAGGGUAUAGGGUCCCACAGUUUCACGGCAAGUGGCCGUUUGCACGCUUCCUGUGCUUUGAGGAGCCAGCCUCUGCCCUGGCCUCUCUGCUUAAUGGUUUGGCCUGCCUUCUCAUGCUGCUGCGCUAUCGGAACACGGUGCCACGCCAGAGCCCCAUGUACCAAACCAUCAACGCCUUCUCACUGGUGUCUCUCAAUGCCUGGCUCUGGUCCACAGUGUUUCACACCAAGGACACCUAUCUCACUGAGAAAAUGGACUAUUUUUGUGCAACAGCAGUCAUUCUUUACUCAAUCUACUUAUGCUGUGUGAGAACUUUGGGUCUGAGGCGGCCUGGUGUGUCCAGCAUGAUGGGGGCCCUGCUUAUCCUGGCCUUUACCUCGCAUGUGUCCUAUUUGACCUUUGUCAGUUUUGACUACGGCUACAACAUGGCUGCCAACUGCACAAUUGGCAUGGUGAACCUCCUCUGGUGGCUGUGUUGGUGCUGGCACAACCGGCGGACCCUUCCAUAUUGGUGGAAAUGCGGCCUCGUGGUGUUGCUGCUACACGGUCUGGCCCUGCUGGAGCUACUGGACUUCCCCCCGAUGCUCUGGAUCCUGGACGCUCACGCUGUGUGGCACCUCAGCACCAUACCUGUGCACUUCCUCUUCUAUAGUUUCCUGAUUGAUGACAGCCUCUACUUAUUAAACACAGAGAAGAUGGGUGUCAAAGUCGAGUAGGUGGAACUCAUCGCCUCUUCACCAGGCCCACUCCCUCGCAGCUCUCCAAUCAGGGCAGUCGGACAGUCGAACAUGGACGUAGCUCAGCCUGCCAGAUGACAUGCAUGACACCACUAUGACUUCCGUCAAAGUAGACUUUGUUUACAUGUUAGGUUUUAAUUGUAUUUAUUUGGGGAGAGAAAAAUCUCACUGUCACCACCUCCUGAAGUCCAACAUAAGUGGCAGUUUGCAGCAGCUGACACUGGAUGGCACUCAUUCCCUCACCUUACCAUCAUAACCUUCUCUGUGUGUGUGCUGGGCUCCGUCUGAGCUAAAAGUGGACAGUUGGACGCAGAGAGGGAGCCCUUGUGAAAGGAACUGGAUUGUUCUAGAAAAAGGGGGAGGGGGGGUAUUUUUGGAAGCCAUUCUAGCUGACUCUGUUUUUUUUUUUUCCUUCUCUCACAUCACACCUUUUCAGUUUGUGCCUGUGUUUUUUCCACUGCUGCUUUUGUUUUCUCGUUAUGAUUUUCAUCGGCUGCCUUAGCUGUUUUCAUUCUGUUGUCGGUGACCAAUUUGUGCUUUAUUGUGUGUACAGUUUUACUUUGAUUACUUAAUUUUGAAUUUGGGUGGGACAUACCUGAUGCUCAUGAGAUGGAAGUGUUAUUUUUUUAAUCACCUGGAUUGCCUUGAAGUGUGAGGAAAGGAUUGAGGUAGGAAAAAUAAGCUGUAACAGGGAGCAGUAUUCAGACGGGCUUCUUUUAAAUCUUGGGUUUAGUGUGUGUGUGUGUGUGAAGGACCACUUCGACGUAAAUGUGGCGCACAUUAUUUAUAUUUUAUUGCAGUAAUACUUGCCAGACAACCAGCUUCCUCAAUAUUAAAACAAAUGUUCCCUUAAUGUCUGCCUUAAACACUCUUUAUGUACCUUUUUCUUUUGAUCAAAUUUGUUCCGCUCAGAGUUUGCACCAAAACAAUCAAUUUCGUACCAUUUAUCUCUUUACCUUUCUGAGUUUCUCUCCCAUGUGUGCACUUUACAGGUGUGUGCGUUCACUCACACUCAUACUUGUGUGAAACUCUACCCACACCUUUUUAUCUUUGAGGGAUUUGGAACAAAGACUUGUAUGAGUGUACACAUUGCCUUGACUCCACAUUGUUUUUGUCAUCAUGAACUGAAUCACUGUGUGUGUGUGUGUGUGUGUGUACGGGGGGGGGGGCUAGAUUGUGCUGGACCCUUUUGUAAAGCUACUGAUGUGUGAGUGUGUUAUAUAUAUACCCAUUGGAGGUUUAAUGUGUGGAUGUUUGUGACAUGACGGGUAAAUUUAGCUUUUUGGCAGUCUGGGAUUGGGAUGGGAGACAAAAGAUGAAAGACAGAGACAGGUUAACAGGUUUGGGUGGAGAAAACGAUUCCUGAAGAUACAUCAGAUGUACUCUCUGAACGUUUUAUUUUAGCAGAUUCUACUUUUUUUUUUUGGGCCAAAAUAAUUCAUCUAUUUAAAAAGACAAUAACUGCAAAAUUAACAAACAAAGUAAUUUACAGCCAAUUUAAAGUUAAGUGUAUUUUAUUUUCACAUAAAAAUUUUGCUAAAUCAUGUCCCCUGUUUUAUUUUUUUAUUUUUUUUUACAAAUUGAAGAUUUCCUGAGAAAUGCCUGUAAAAAAAACCACAGUUUUUGCCAUGUAAAUUGUCGAUUUUCUUCUUCCUUUACUAAUAACAUCCAUCACUCAUCUGCUGCCCCCUGCCUGCUGCCCUGUGCAACAUCACCUCUCCUACUCAGUGCACUUUCCUCACCUCACAUCAAAUAUAAGACCAAAAGAAAAAAACAACUGUAAAGAAAAGGAGCAAAUAAAGGUUCUUUGUUGAUAAGGAA